UUCCUUAGUCUUGAAGACUACACUUUUGUCUUACGUAUCUCAUUUGCCCCUCUCUCUCUCGCUCUCUCGCCGCUGGUCUUCACUCUUCACCAAGCAUCCGUUUUCAUGGAACCGCGUCAAGAAGAGAUGAAUAUAUACUUGAAAGUCAUUAAAACAGUUGCCUUAAAAGUGAGAACUGUGGACACUGUUAAAAAUGUGAAGAAAAUCUUACAUGAGAAGGAAGGCAUUUCGGAGAAUCUUCAGGAGCUCUUUUGUAAUGGUGAUCGUCUUAAGGACGAUUUCAAGCUGGUUGAUUAUGGCAUUCAGGCAGACUCCACUCUCCAUGUUGUGCUCCAAAACUUCCAUUCUAUGGAGCUUUUUGUCUACAUGCCUUCACAACAGAAAACUCUUACAGUUGAAGCAAAGCUUUGUGAUACUGUGCAAGAUGUAAAAUCCUUCAUUCAUGCUAGAGAGGGUAUCGGAUCAGAUAGUUACACUCUUUUCCAUAGCGGUAAGCUACUGGAAGAUAACAGAACUUUGGCUUCUCUGAAUAUACAGUCAAGAUCUGUCCUUUGUUUGGUCUUUAAUCCAAAAGAAGUGUUGUCAGUUUCUGUGAAAAUGCCAAAUGGCGAGAUCCUGAAACCUGAAGUUAAGCUCUUGUCCACGAUUCAUGAUGUCAAGGCAAUAAUGGGGAGUAUUAUUGGUUUCUCUGGCAGCGAGCACUGUAUAAUUUGUGCAGGAAAGGAACUGGAGAAUUCGAAAACUUUAGCUUAUUAUGGCAUCACGGAGGACGCUAUUCUAGAGAUGGUGCCUUCUGCCUUUCCGAUAUUUGUGAAGGACUUGAAUGGCAAAACUGUGGUUGUUAAAGUGCACCAAAAUGACACCGUCAAGGAUGUGAAGUGUAAGAUUUUCAAUAAGGAGGAGAAGGUGGUUGAUUUCACCAGCCUCUUGUUUGCUGGAAAAUCACUCAAGGAUGGUCGAGAUUUGGCUAGCUACAAUAUUCGGAAAGAUUGCACUCUCCGCCUGGUGUACCGGGUGGCCUGCUAUUUAUCCUAGAAGGACAAGGUGAUGGUGUUUGCUUUUGAAUUGCAUUAUGUUUCAUCUAUGGUACAGUUAUAUAUCUAAUCAUUUACAAAGAUCCGCUAGUUGUAUUAUUCUGGAACACCUUCCCUUUCUUUCAACUGAAUCUUUAGUUCAGUGGUACUUUGGGAGA